AUGGAGACAGAUAGAUUACCUUCACCUAAUUUAAUUAAUACUAAAUCUUAUUUUGAGGAAGAAGAUCUUGGCGAAGUUAAUGAUGAUGUUAGUACAAAUACGGAACGACUAAAUAAAAAUGUUACUUCAAAACCUCUUC